UGUAUAGAUGAGAACCUGGACAUGGUGAAGUUCCUUGUCGAAAAUGGAGCCAACGUGAACCAGCAGGACAACGAGGGCUGGACCCCUCUUCAUGCCGUGGCAUCGUGCGGCUACCUGAACAUAGCAGAGUACCUGAUUAGUCAUGGAGCCAACGUGGCUGCUGUGAACAGUGAAGGUGAAGUCCCAUCUGACAUCGCGGAGGAGGCAGCCAUGAAGGACCUGCUGCUGGAACAAGUAAAGAAACAAGGUGCAGACCUAGACCUGGCAAGAAAAGAAGAGGAGCAGCAGAUGCUGCAGGAUGCCCGACAGUGGCUGAACAGUGGGAGAAUCGAGGAUGUAAAGCAGCCUCGAACGGGCGCCACGGCCCUUCACGUGGCUGCGGCCAAGGGCUAUUCCGAAGUCAUGAGGCUUUUGAUCCAGGCUGGCUUUAAUUUGAACGUCCAGGACAACGACGGCUGGACCCCCCUGCACGCUGCCGCGCACUGGGGGGUGAAGGAAGCUUGCUCCAUCUUGGCGGAGGCCUUGUGCGAUAUGGACAUCAGAAACAAGCUGGGCCAGACGCCGUUCGACGUGGCUGAUGAGGGACUGGUUGAGCAUUUAGAAAUGCUGCAGAAGAAACAGACUGUGCUGCGAAGUGAGAAGGAGACGAGGAAUAAACUAAUAGAAGCGGACAUGAACGGCAAGCCUCAAAGCAGGCUCUUCACAAACAAAGAGAAGAUUCUUUAUGAGGAAGAUAAGCUGAAAUCCAUGGAAAUGGAGGAAGAGAACAAGGACUCUAGCAGUUCCAGUUCUGAAGAAGAGGAAGAGGAAGCUGAAGAAGACGAAGUUUCAGAAUCAGAUGCUGAAAAGGAGUCAGUGAGGAAGGAAGAGUCCUUUGCCAACCACUCCAGCCAUGAAACCAGGCCUACCAUCACUGAACAAAUACCACCGCCGGAGCCCAACUCCUUCACUGCAUCUGCCAGAAGAUUCAGUUGGCUCAACAAGUCAGAAGAGCAGAAGGAUGAGUCACCUUCCUCCUGGCGGUUGGGUCUGCGGAAGACGGGCAGCCACAACAUGUUGAGUGAAGUUGCUGCUACACGUGAGGCCCAGAGAGAUAAGAGUUCUUCUAUCUAUCGUUCUUCAUCCAGUCCUCGGAUAUCUGCAUUAUUAGACAACAAAGAAAAGGAUAAAGACAACAAGAGCUAUCUUGCCACGAUAGCCCCCAGAAGACUAAGUAGUACAAGCGAUAUAGAGGAAAAAGAGAACAGAGAAUCAGCUGUUAACCUGGUGCGAAGCGGCUCCUACACCCGGCAGCCCUGGAGGGAGGAAUCGAAGGGAAAUGAAGCCCCCAAUUCUAGUGCACCAGCCACCUAUGUGUCUACCUACUUGAAAAGUGCUUCCUUUGGUAGAAGUAGUGACCUCAACAGUCCCUACAUUUCAAGCAGUCGCAAUACAUCUCUAGCUACCUCACCCACUACCAUUGGUUCAUCUACCUCAUUGGGCACCCCGUGGCAACCUGGCUCUUCCUGCCCCACAUCUCUCGGUGCGAACACUACUGCAUCCGCCCGCCACUCGACCAGAGCCCCUUUCAGGCAACAAACUGAUUCUGCUGUAGAGAAAAAUACAGAGGGCAUCUCUGCUAGCACCCCCCUAGGUGUAAUCACAAAUCGUGCUGUACUCGGCUCUGCCAAUGGUAUUGCCAAUGCCGGUGCUGUCUCAACUACAGGAAAGGACUUCUCAGCUGAGGAAGCCAGGGAGCGCAGAAGGUCAUAUCUGACUCCGGUGCGGGAUGAGGAAGCAGAAUCCCUGAGGAAGGCACGAUCCAGACAGGCCCGACAGACUCGCAGGUCUACACAGACUGUCUAUCGGCGAUUAAGGUGCCCAGGACAGACAGACAAACCUACCACACCUGUAUCUCCCUCCACAUCAGCACCUCUCCUUUAUACAAGCUCUUACCUGACUCGAACAAACAAGUAUCUGGAUCUUGACUCUGUAAAUCCAGCAGACUUCAGAAGUGCAGCCACGGAGAUGGAGAAGAAUGAGUGUGAAGAUCAAGACUUAGACGACAGGUCUCCAAACAAACAGUCGAUCCGAGAGAGGCGGCGGCCCAAAGAGAGGCGAAGAGGCACUGGCAUCAUUUUCUCAACAAAAGAAGAUGAUGAUGAAGUUGAUGGAAACGAGGAGGUGAAGGAAACUCGGCAUGAAAGACUUUCCAGGUUGGAAGCAGCUACGAAUCCCACCACGAGCGACUCCUCCUACGGCGAUCGCGCUUCCAGCCGCUCCAGUGCCUACGCGCGGAGAGAGAACCGCUUAGCCUCCCUCAGCGCCAGAACAGAAGAGGAGAGUAACAGGGACUACAAAAAAUUAUAUGAAAGUGCCCUGUCUGAAAAUCAAAAACUUAAAUCGAAACUGCAGGAAGCCCAGCUUGAGUUGGCCGACAUCAAAUCAAAGUUGGAAAAAGCAGCCCAGCAGAAACAGGAGAAAACUUCUGACCGAUCUAGCAUGCUGGAGAUGGAAAAACGGGAGAAGCGAGCCCUGGAGCGGAAACUCUCUGAAAUGGAAGAGGAGAUGAAGAUUUUGACAGAGCUGAAGUCGGACAACCAGCGGCUGAAGGACGAGAAUGGGGCGCUCAUCCGGGUCAUCAGCAAGCUCUCCAAAUAGGAAGCCCGAGCAAAGGCAGGACGAGGAGGGGUGUCCUACACAAGCUGCCAACCCUGCCACCAAGCCCUCCCCAGCCCUCUUCCUCCUGCCCAAAGUGCAGCGAGCAUUUCAGCCAUGGGAUCAAUGUGUCACGCCUGCCUCGCCCUGCCCUUUGCUGUGCAUUCCCCUAUUGCCCUUGCUUCCCCCACAACACACGCCCUUGCCAUUUUAUUAUUUUUAAUUUAAGCACGUCGUGGUAUCUCGGACAUUUUACUCGGGGGAGAAGAGAAACGUCAGGACUGGGUUUGAGCUGCCAAAUUUUUUUCUUCCCGAAGCCC